AGGAGGUGAAAACAGGAAGCGAGCACUCACAAGGAAAUAGUGUCAAAUGUAUCAGAGGCGUCAUGUCUCUUAACGUUGGAUUGAACUGUCCAUUGCAAAGCCAAUGUAAAGAGCAGCGCAGAAGCUGAAUUAAAAUUGCUCCAUCAAGGAAUUCCUUGCUCGUAUGAUGGAAAGGGCGAUGGAGCAAUUAAACGUACAGCUGAACCGGCUGACGCGCUCUUUACGCCGCGCCAGGACAGUGGAGCUCCCUGAAGACAAUGAGACAGCUGUCUACACACUCAUGCCUAUGGUGAUGGCUGAUCAACACAGAUCAGUCUCAGAAUUGCUCUUGAACUCUAAGUUUGAUGUAAACUACGCAUUUGGACGAGUGAAGAGAAGCCUCCUUCAUAUAGCUGCCAACUGUGGGUCAGUGGAGUGUUUGGUCCUCUUAUUGAAGCGAGGCGCAAACCCAAACUACCAAGACAUCUCUGGAUGUACCCCACUCCAUCUGGCAGCAAGAAAUGGGCAGAAGAAGUGCAUGGGUAGACUGUUGGAGUACAAUGCAGAUGUAAACAUCUGCAACAAUGAAGGCCUAACUGCUAUUCACUGGCUGGCGGUUAACGGGAGGACAGAGCUGCUUCAUGACUUGGUGCAGCAUGUAUCUAAUGUGGAUGUGGAGGAUGCCAUGGGUCAGACAGCCCUACAUGUGGCCUGCCAGAACGGACACAAGACCACAGUGCUGUGCCUUCUGGACAGUGGAGCAGACAUCAAUAGGCCCAACGUCUCUGGAGCGACCCCUCUCUACUUCGCUUGCAGCCAUGGCCAGAGGGACACAGCCCAAAUCCUGCUCCUCAGGGGUGCCAAGUACUUGCCGGACAAAAAUGGAGUCACCCCACUUGACCUUUGUGUGCAGGGUGGUUAUGGUGAAACAUGUGAGAUUCUCAUACAGCAUCAUGGGAGGCUGUUUCAGACACUCAUUCAGAUGACACAGAAUGAUGACUUAAAAGAGAAUAUGCUCAGGCAGGUUCUUGAGCAUGUAUCUCAGCAGAAUGACUCCAAUUAUCAGAGAAUCCUUACCAGCUUGGCUGAGGUGGCCACCACAAACGGACACAAGCUGCUCAGUUUGUCUAGUAAUUAUGAGGCCCAAAUGAAGAGUCUGCUCAGAAUAGUGCGGCUCUUCUGCCACGUAUUCCGUUUGGGUCCGUCCUCUCCUAACACUGGCAUUGACCUGGGAUACAAUGGAAACAAAACCCCACGCAGUCAGGUCUUCAAGCCUCUGGAGCUGCUGUGGCAUUCUCUGGAUGAAUGGCUGGUGCUCAUCUCCACAGAGUUGGAUAGGAAAUGUGGAGACACUGACUCUUCUCCAGGGAGUGACAUUGCCUCGCUCAUUCUGAAGCAGCGGGAGGCUGAUCCUUCCAUUGUCGCCGACACCCCUGACCUUCUGUCCUCCUCACUGGAUCCUGAGACGCCCGAGGCUUAUGUAGAUGGUCAGGAUGUGAUCUCCAUGACUGCCAACCGGCUGAGUGCAGUAAUCCAGGCCUUCUAUAUGUGCUGCUCCUGCCAGAUGCCACAGGGCAUGACAUCUCCUCGUUUCAUUGAGUUUGUUUGUAAGCAAGAUGAAGUACUUAAGUGUUUUGUAACCAGGAACCCAAAGAUAAUCUUUAAUCACUUCCAUUUCCUGCUGGAAUGUCCAGAGCUCAUGUCUCGCUUCAUGCACAUAAUCAAAGGCCAGCCGUUUAAGGACAGGUGUGAGUGGUUUUAUGAGCAUCUCCUGGCUGGACAGCCCGACUCUGAUAUGGUCCAUCGGCCCGUCAGUGAGAAUGAUAUUUUACUGAUUCACAGAGAGUCUAUAUUCCGCAGCAGCUGUGAGGUUGUGUCCAAGUUCACCAAUGAGAAGCUCAAGCAGGGCAUUGCCGUACGCUUUCAUGGUGAAGAGGGAAUGGGUCAGGGGGUGGUGAGAGAGUGGUUUGACAUUCUCUCUAAUGAGAUCAUCAAUCCAGACUACGCACUGUUCACACAAUCGGCAGAUGGUACUACAUUUCAACCCAACAGUAACUCCUCUGUCAACCCAGACCAUCUGAACUACUUCCGGUUUGCAGGUCAAAUCCUGGGCCUGGCCCUGUACCACCGCCAGCUGGUGAAUAUAUACUUCACCCGCUCCUUCUAUAAGCACAUACUGGGUAUCCCAGUGAAUUAUCAGGAUGUGUCUUCCAUUGAUCCAGAAUAUGCCAAGAACCUGCAGUGGAUUCUGGACAAUGACAUCAGUGACUUGGGCCUGGAGCUCACGUUUUCUGUGGAGACAGAUGUGUUUGGAGCCAUGGAAGAAGUUCCACUCAAACCAGGUGGAAGUGGCAUUCAGGUCACCCAAGAUAACAAGGAUGAAUAUGUGCAGCUUGUAACAGAGUUGCGGAUGACUCGAGCCAUUCAGCCUCAAAUCAAUGCUUUCCUUCAGGGCUUCCACACCUUUAUUCCUCCAUCACUCAUUCAGCUCUUUGAUGAGUAUGAACUGGAGCUGCUGCUGUCUGGCAUGCCAGAGAUUGAUGUGUUGGACUGGAAGAGAAACACAGAGUAUACAAGUGGCUUUGACCUCGAGGAGCCAGUCAUCCAGUGGUUUUGGGAAGUAGUGGAUGGUCUCACUCAGGAGGAGAGGGUUCUCCUGCUGCAGUUCGUCACUGGGAGUUCCCGUGUACCACAUGGUGGUUUUGCUUUUCUUAUGGGAGGCAGUGGUUUACAGAAGUUCACAAUCGCUGCUGUGCCCUACACAUCCAACUUAUUGCCUACCUCUAGUACCUGUAUCAACAUGCUGAAACUCCCAGAAUACCCCAGCAAGGACGUCCUGCGUGACCGGCUGCUGGUUGCACUGCAUUGUGGAAGCUAUGGUUACACUAUGGCGUGAUGCUUACCUUGCUGUUUUUGGUUGAGACACUUGCUUUAAUAUAGACACACGCAUUUGCGCAAAGGGUUUCAGGGAUAUCCUCUGCAUUCAUUCCUUUGGUACUCGGCAGCCUUUGAUUGAUUUCAUGGUGUUAUUUUAAAUACUCAAAUCUAUAGACAAGGGAAACAUGAGCGAGGGAUGUAUAACAGUAUGUAAUGCUGAAAAUGUGGUAUGUCUGUUUGCCAGGUUGUGCUGCCAGUGUUGUGUGUCAAAGGUUAUUGUAUUUGAAAUUGGGUAUACCAGAGGGUGUGUAUAUGGGUGACCUAUUAAAGGAAAAAUAACAAAGUGUCAUAGUAAGAUGUUGAGCCACCAUGAGUUGCCAGAACAGCUUCAGUGCUUUUUGGCAUAGAUUCCGCAAGUCUCUGAAACUAUACUGGAGGGAUGGGAACCAUUCUGCCAAUGGUGUUUUGAUGAUGAUGCAGAAUGUUGUCCAACACUGUUUAGAAUUUCCCAUAUAAGUGACUGUGAAGGCCAUAGCAUAUGAUUUUUAUAUUCAUCAAAGCAUUCAGUGUGUCCUUGUGCCCUGUGGAUGAGGGCAAAUGGAACAUUUCUAUCCUGCUCUCCUCCAAUAUGACAUCAUUGUGAUCAGUCAGAAUAACUUUGUAUACAUUUGCAGUCACUGUUUCCAGUCACCAGAGGACAAGUGGACCCAAACCAUGCCAGCAAAAUGCCCCCACAGCAUAAUAGCCAUGAUUUUGUUCAUUCAAUUUGUCACUCCUAUGUAAAUGCUAAACAUGCAAGCCAUGUCUGUAUACAUCUGUAUGCUCAUGUAUUUGAAUACAGAAGGAAAGGGGAACUGCAAAAAUAUUGCUGGAAACAAAGUGAGAUUUUCUGAGGGUAUUACUUUACUGAGCAAGGACCUUCAUACUUCUGUAAUAUCUGCUCCAUUGUAGCUUUGUAAUGCUGGUUUGUUUUUCAUAGUCAUAGUUAAAAGUUCUUUAAUAUGUAAAUUUUUUUCAAUGAUUGUGGGCUUUUGAGAAUGCAAAUUGGAAUUAAAAAUUGUGCCAAAAUUUGUUAGAAUAUGUAAAUUAAAGAUAUAGACAAAAAUAUAAGAUAGAAUGUUUGUGUACGCUAGCUACAAGCAUUUUAAGAAAGAUGUCAUUUUAUUUUAUGAAUGCAACAAUUACGUCCAGAGAAGGAAUGGAUAGAAUAGUGUGACCAUAUGUUUGUAUUUCUUAUAAAUUAUCACUGAUUUGGUUGUAUUCUUUUUCCAUUUGUAAAUUGACUGCUUAUUGUAUACACAAACCUGGAGGACCUUUUGCAAAAAUCAUUGAAAUAUUGAAGUAUGUAUUUUAUUAUAUUCAGAGUUUAAUUUAA